UGACCAGUUGCAAAAGACAGGCACACCCCGAAAGACUUAUUUUUUAAAGCUGUCGGGACUCCCUCCCCAACAGCAGCACAAGUGUUGGAGCCUGGCUCACUUGACUGCAAGCAUGACUUCCUAUUCUGGCUUAUCCACGGAAACCUGGACUUUGCUAGUGGCUUUUGUCACUCUGCUGAUAUUAUAUGGAAUCUGGCCAUAUGGGAUUUUUAAGAAAUUGGGUAUUCCUGGACCAAGGCCUCUUCCAUUCUUUGGGACAUUCCUAGAAUAUCGCAAGGGAAUUUUGGAGUUUGACAAGCAAUGUUUUCAGAAAUAUGGCAAAAUGUGGGGGUUUUAUGAUGGCAGACUUCCUAUAUUAGCCAUUCUGGAUCCAGACAUCAUCAAAAUAGUUCUAGUGAAAGAGUUUUACACACUCUUCACCAAUCGUCGGAAUUUUGGUUUAAAUGGAAUUUUGGAUUCUGGCAUCACUGUUGCUGAAGGGGAGAAGUGGAAAAGGAUCCGGUCCAUCAUUUCCCCAACAUUCACCACUGGGAAACUCAAGGAGAUGUUUCCCAUUAUCAAACACCACAUAGAUGUUCUGGUGAACAACAUUGAGAAGAAAGUGGCCCAGGAUGAGUCUGUGAAUAUGAAGGACAUCUUUGGAGCCUACAGUCUGGAUGUCAUCACUAGCACUUCCUUUGGUGUGGACAUCGACUCUAUCAACAAACCCAAUGACCCCCUUCUUGUCCACAUCAAGAAGCUGCUCUCUUUCAGCUUUAUGAGCCCUUUGCUUAUCUUAAUAUUGGUAUUUCCUUCUCUUGUGCCCAUAUUGGAAAAAAUGAAUCUGAGCCUCUUGUCUAAAGAAAAUAUUGACUUUCUUGUGAAUGCAUCACGGCGUAUCAUAGCAGACCGAAAAAAGAGCAACAGCAGGGAUCGGGUGGAUUUCCUGCAAUUAAUGAUUGAUUCCCAAGUCAUGAAUGGCUCUAGAUCUGAAAAGAGGAAUAACUCCCCAAAAGCUCUGACUGAAAUGGAGAUUGUUGCUCAAGCAGUUACGUUUAUUUUUGCUGGUUAUGAAACUACAAGUACAACCCUCAACUUCAUCACCUAUAACUUGGCCACCCAUCCUGAAAUCCAGAAGAAACUCCUUGAGGAGAUAGAUAGCACUCUACCCAACAAGGCAGUCCCCACCUAUGAUACCAUCUUCCAGAUGGAAUAUUUGGACAUGGUGGUGAAUGAGACACUCAGGCUCUUCCCCCUGGGAGGGCGCAUAGAGAGAAUCUGCCAAAAAACUGCUGAGAUCAAUGGGAUAACCAUUCCCAAGGGGACAGUGAUGUUGAUCCCUGUCUAUGUUCUGCAUCAUGACCCAGAGUACUGGCCAGAACCUGAAGAGUUCCGUCCUGAAAGGUUUGAUCAAGAAGGAAGAAAAUCCAUAGACCCAUAUGUAUUCCUUCCCUUUGGAGCUGGACCUCGGAAUUGUGUUGGAAUGAGGUUUGCUCUGCUGACCUUAAAGACUGCUCUGGUCACCCUCUUACAGAAUUUCACAAUGGAGCCUUGCAAGGAGACCCCGAUUCCCUUGGAACUAGAAACAAAGGGUUUUAUGCAGCCCAAGAAGCCGAUCAUACUUAAGCUUGUUCCUAGACCAAGACCUGAUGUUGAGGACUAGAAACUAAGGACUUGGUGUCAUAAGAAGACUCUUCACUUUCCUUCUCCCUCUCACAACUCCUCCAACACUCCCCCCCGCCCCACAAAACAAAAGAAUAAAAAUUGAAAAUUUUUAUGGAAAUGAGAAUAGAAUAUAUUCCAUUUAAGAGGUAUGUGAUACAAUGCGUAGACUGCUAUGUUCAAAUCUUGCCUCUCACAUUUACUAGUUUAUAUGAUCCUUUGUAACCCACAACUUCUCCAAGACUCAGUUUGCUCAUUGUAAAAUGGGAAUAAUGCCUGUUGUACAUACCUCACAAGGCUUUUGUGAAGUUCAAAUGAGACAAUAUAGAUAAUUGGUUAUUUCGUUCACUAUGGUAUUAGAUCUCAUGAUAGAGUUGGAGUGAUGAUAUUCUAUAAUAUUAUCUUAAAUUCUAUCUCUUUAUUCUCUACAUCCCCAACCUCCCAAUCAUAUAAACUCAAAAACCAAUCCCAAAAAUUAAUACAUCAAUUCUUUCUAUGAGCUAGCUGCAGAUUAUCUAGGGUUUUCUAAAUAAAUCAUCACAUUGUAUUUAAAAUAAAAAUCAUUUUGUCUCCUC